ACUGAGGAUUUCAGUGUAGGCGGUUGGGUACGGCCCCACUUUUCAACUGCUAAUAAAAGACUCUGCAUGUAUCACUGGUAAACAGAGGACCAGCCAACUUUGCAGAUACCAGGCUUGCCGACAUGGGAGAGAAACUGUUUGGGCAGACUCUGCCAACUGAAGCUGUGUGUGGGGAUGCGAUUAUAGAUAUGGGCCAGGACAAGUCUGUGCUCAUCCUCAUCCAACACUGCCGGGACAUGAAGCAACAGGAAACGCGCCUCAGACUCAUCACUCUGCUCUUGCUGCUCAGCUGUACGGCACUGUUCAUUUUUACCAUCUGUGCUAAUUUAUGGCAACGUGAAAACUCUGGAUCCAGCAGAAAAGAGUGCGCAGUAGAGCCAAGUCCAGCCUAUUCCAAGCAAGAGAGAUUUUGCCCUACAGCUAAUCCUCAAACAAACACCCAAAAACUGCACAUUGAUCUCACGUCUCUAGGUGCCAACACGACUGAUGCACAAUAUGUGAAAUGGCAUGACAAUUUUGGUGACCAAGACAACAAAGAGAAAAGUGCCAUUGUGAUUCCUGAGGAUGGUUUCUAUUUUGUCUAUGUGCGCAUUGCAUUAAGCUGCAAUGAGGGAGACUUCAACAGGCUCUACUUAGAGCUGCACAACUGGAAUGAAAAUUAUCCCUUGAAUAGACCUGUGAUGAAGGCCCUGGAUGGAUGCACUUCAGAAGGGGAAAAGAGUGUGUUUGUGGGGCAGCUUUUUGAGUUGUCUAAAGGAGAUAAUUUGAGCGUGUGGAUCGGAGAGGGCUACGAACUGAUCUCCACAUCAUCAUUUGGUGCUUAUCUCACAUAGAGAAUAUGCCUCUUUGGUGUAUGGGUCCAGUGUCUCAGUCUCAAUAAUCUAUUUUUAAAGUAUUUUUUCAUAAUUUUUGGGUUAUUUAUCAUCACUCAUUUCUAUGCUUUGUCUGUUUUACAGUACUUCCGGUUCAGACUUAAAGGAGAUCUAUUAUGCUAACUUUUAGGUU